AUGACCUCAACCGAUAUUAAUUCUAUAAAUUCACAUUUAUUACUUUUAAGAUCAUUUAAUAAUAUUAAUAUUUCAAAUACUAACAGUACAGGUACGGAUAAUAAUAGUAGCAGUAAUAAUAAUAAUAAUAGUAAUAAUAGUAAUAGUAAUAGUAAUGGUAAUAUUAGCCAAAAUAAUAAUAUAGUUCAUAAUAGUAAUAAUAGUAAUAAUAAUAUUAAAAGUUGUAGUAAUAAUAAUAAUAAUAAUAAUCAAAAAAAGAAAAAAGAAAUUUUAGAUUAUAAUCUUAACUUUACAAAUAGAAUAAUUAGAUCAAAUAUUAUCAAAAAUAUAAACUUUUUAAAGAAUAGUGUCGAAAAUUAUUUUAUAAAUAAUGGUUGCAAUAGUGGAAUCUAUAGGGAUGGUUCAGCAGCAACUAGUAUAUGUGAUUUACCAGACGAAAUUAUAAUAUAUAUAUUUAAAUAUUUAUCGCCCUUUGACUUAAGAAUAUGUUGUUUAGUAUCAACCUAUUGGUCACACAUUUCGUCACUAAAUACACUUUGGUAUGACAAAUGUUUAAGUCAAUGGUAUUGGUUAUUUAAUAUAGGCGAAGAAAAAAACAAAAGGUUACCAAAUAGCACAUGGAAAGAGUUUUAUAAAUAUUGGGCAAAAGAGUAUUUAAAUCAUACUGAGUGGUGGCAAGAGUCAUUUACAAGAGAGGAUGCAGAAAGGGCAUUAUCAACACAGGGAAAGGGCACAUUUUUGAUCAGAACAAGCACUAGUAAAAAGAAUUGUUUAGUAAUAUCAUAUAAUGCUCAUGCACAACAUCCAACACAUAUGUUAUUAAGCUAUUUGGGCAUCUACACUGGAGUGUCACUGUACGAUGAAAUCGGAAGGAUCUACCCAACAUUAGCAUCUCUUGUUCGUGGUAAAAAGUCAUGGUUAAAAAGACCAUUCCAAUCAUGCGGAGUCUAUGCAUCAAAAUCAAAAUCAAAAUUACAAUUUAUUGAGCGUAUGUUAAAUGACCCAAAAGAAAGAGAUGGAAAGACUAUCGAUCAACUCUCACUAUUACAUAUAGCAUGCAAAUGGAGUUUUAAACAACUGGUAGUAGCUCUUUUGGAAAAAGGGGCCAAUAUAAACCACAAAUGCGACUGUAAAGGUAAACCACCACUAUUCUUUGCAAUCGAGUUUGUCCAUGGCCAACCAUCCAAUAGUGUUCGUUUAGAAAUAUUAAGAAUACUGUUAAAAAAUGAAAAUAUAAAUGUUAAUCAAUUGGACAACAAGGGUAGAUCCAUUUUACAUGUCGCUACAAAACAACAUCAACAAGACUCACCCGAAAUGUUGAAGCUUUUAUUAAACUAUGGUGCUGAUCCAUUAAUUUCCUCACCAAGUGGUCUUUAUCCAUUACAUGUAGCUGUUAAAGAAAAUAAUAUCAAAAUGUUAAAAAUUUUAUUAAAUUUAGAAAAAGACUCAGUAAAAACUUUACCAACAACAAUAACAACAACAACUUCAAUAAUAGAUGUUAAAUUAGAUAAUCAAGAUAUCAAUCAAAAUAAUAAUCAAACUAAUAUUAUCAAUACAAAUUGUACAACAAAUAGUAAUAGUUUAAAAAAAAUUAAUGUAAAUUGUAAAAUUGAAUUAACACCUAUUUCAAAACUAAACGAUGAUUACGGAUCAACACCAUUACAUAUUGCAUCAUCAAAAAACUAUUUUUCAAUUAUAAAGCUAUUAUUGGAACAUCCAGAAAUUCAAGUAGAUUGUUUAGAUAAUAAAAAUAGAACACCUCUUCAUAGAGCAGUACUAAACACCCAGGAUUGGGUCAACAUGGCAAGAUUUGGUAAACCUUUACAGCAUCAUUUUAGUCAUCAAAUCAUCGAAAUCCUUCUCAAGAAUAAAGCCGAUCCAAAUCUAAUGGACUGUGAAAAUAAAACACCACUUCAUAUCGCAGUUGAAAAGGGUCACAGAAAGAGUGCUCAUGGUAUCGCAACUUCAGUCAGAGAUUUAUUUACUCACGAAAAAGUUCAAUCGAUCUACUCUAAAGAGUCACUAUUACAGAGCUUAAACGCCGGUAGAGAAUCUAAAGAUAUUCAAAAAAUUGUUGCUGAUGUCAACUAUUCAAUAAUGUGUGGUUACAACGAAGAUUUUAACGAACCUUUAGACAAAACGAUAAUCGAUCAUUAUAAUAAUAUUAAUGAUAUUUUAAAAAAAGAAUUUUUACAUAUUUUAAAAUAA